CUUUGGUGUUUGGGUUGUGGUGUGGAAACCAUUCUUGAGGAGGUUUGAAGCUCACUCUUGUGCAAGUACAAGGUCACACAUUUUUGUAUCAGGUCGGCCACCAGACCGGCAUGGCUGAAUUUUAAUCUGCUAAGCUAAUUAGGGGAACAAGGCUGGUAUCACUGCCCAUAAGUUUGUUACAAGUUUCAGUGUAACCCCUGGGUUGUUAAUGGUGGAUGCUAUCUCUGCCUAGGCUGGGAGGUGGUGGGAGGUGGGGCUUGCCACCAGGAGGGGCUGACCUCAGCUUGCUGUGGUGGCUCUUGGUGAGCAACUUGGGAUUCAAACCUUGGCCCUGGUGCGGCACCUCACGAUGGCCGCUUUCUGUUCUGGCUGCUGACUGUGUUUUCUGCUUUCCCUGCGGUGUUAGUUCUUUAAUUACUUGUAACUGUGGUGCAGCACGUGUCCGUGAGGGGCCGGGGGCUGGCAGUUCCGUUCUGAUGGUUGUUGCAUAAUAACAGUCCUGGGAGAGGUAGGGGCAGAUGGAGGCAGGUGUUCUGGUCUUAGAGAUGGCUCAUUUCUGAGAUCCAGUUCCAGAGGUGUGUGGAGGCAGCUACCCUUUACCUUAGAAUAGGCAAACUAGGUACCAGGGGCACUUGUCUGUUCAGGUCAGUUCGAGAUGGCAGACCAGAGGCAACGUUCGCUGUCAACCUCUGGAGAAUCGUUGUACCACGUGCUAGGGCUGGACAAGAAUGCUACAUCUGAUGAUAUUAAAAAGUCGUACAGGAAACUUGCACUGAAAUAUCAUCCAGAUAAAAACCCGGAUAAUCCAGAGGCAGCAGAAAAAUUUAAAGAGAUCAAUAAUGCACAUGCGAUAUUGACCGAUGCGACAAAGCGAAACAUUUAUGAUAAAUAUGGUUCCCUGGGUCUAUAUGUAGCAGAGCAGUUUGGUGAAGAAAAUGUGAACACAUACUUCGUGCUAUCUAGCUGGUGGGCCAAGGCCUUGUUCGUGUUCUGUGGGCUCAUCACAGGCUGCUACUGCUGCUGCUGUCUGUGCUGCUGCUGUAAUUGCUGCUGUGGGAAGUGUAAACCUAAACCUCCUGAAGGCGAGGAGCAGGAAUACUACGUCUCUCCAGAGGACUUGGAGGCACAGUUGCAGUCAGAUGAAAGGGAGGCCUCAGACGCACCUAUUGUGAUACAGCCAGCAUCAGCCACAGAGACAACCCAGCUCACAGCUGACUCUCACCCUAGCUACCACACUGAUGGAUUUAAUUAAGUUAAGGAAACACUGUAAUUAGAAUGGAUAAAAAGAAAAAAAAAAAUAAUAAUACAUGGCCAACUCAACACUAGAAUCAUGAACAUUAGAAGUAGAGAACGGGGAGGGGGAAAAAAAAUUCUGCCACAGUAAGAAGGCAGCUUUCCAACCUGCUGAAAGUAUUUUGUAAUCCCUUCAGCCUUUUGUCACCUUUCAGUGUCGUAUCUUGACGAUACGUGAAGUGCUGUAGCAUGCAGUAUGUAAAGCAGUUUAGCUACGGUCUUACGUUUCCUUUCUCUUCCUUUUUUUUUUUCUGUUUUUUUUUUUUUAAUAGCAUGUAUGGAGUUACGUUCAAUGUCUGUGGUGUAAUGUAUUGAGUUGUCACAGUAUGUGUGAUGGAGACAUUCUGCAUUUUAAGCAGUGGUACUGGCCUAAAAUGAGACUUAAAGUUUCACAGGAGCCACCAUUCUUUCAUACAGCCAAGCUGUCGAAGACCCUUUAAAAAAAAAAAGCUCAUGAGUUUCAUUUGGGUGCAACAAGCCAAUUCUCUUACUCCUCCUUCUGUUCCCACAUUGCUACCUAAGCAAGUUUACAAAGCCAAGAACCAAAAAAUGCGAGUCCUGCAGAGCUAGAAUUCUCUUUCAGCGCUGGUUUACAGCUCAAAUAAAUACACCUUGAAAAAAUAAGAAGGGAGAGUUUCCAAUCUUAGAGCAGUUAAAUUGAUCAACAGCUCUUCAUCUGCAGGGGUUAUCUUCAGUGAUGGUGAAACCACAAACCGUAGUUUGUCACCAAGGCAGCUGUGAAUGGGUUUACGUGGUGGUGACAGUGGGAUUUUAACUUCAAGCACAAUUCUGUUCUGGUUUGAGUUCAGUCGUUUUCCUGAAAUGCUAAAGACCAAAUAGUGCAGCUUCUUUGAAUGCAUGAGAAUCUUAAAGUGAAACUGGGUAAUGGGUUUUCACUGAGCAAGUGAAUGAAAUACAGGCAGUAGGUGACAGCAUAAAUGUUAAUAAUUGUGCUUUUUUAAAAAGAUUUUUGUCUAAUAAUCUGGGAUACUAAUAGACAAGUGGGGUAUUGCGUGUUGUUUUUUAAAGUUAUUAUAAUGUGUUAGCCCUUUGGUUUUCUCAUGAGCAUCUUUGUGGAGUACUUAAAUGGCUUUUUAAGAACAAAACACUUUUUAUGUUGAUAUUGUAUGAUUUGCACAUUGUCUUACCUUUAGACUUGUUUACACCGGUGUUUCUCUUUCCCUCAGAACAAUGGUGGGGAAACCAUUGAAAAGUUUCCUGAGCUAUUUUGAAGCCAAAUCGUAUUUGAAUACUGCUUUUGAAACAGCUAUUCACUGGGAUUUGUUUAACUUAACUGUUAAAUAGGCAUUUUGCUGGUAUGUUUUGUUAUGAAUAACCUUGUUUUAAAUGAUACGGAGUCGGGAUCUGGAACAGCAGCCCGUAAGCUUACACGUGGCAUGUUUAGCAGUUAAUUGCAGCCUCCUGAAGUUGAUCUUCAUGGUUUUCUAUCACAAUGCCUCUCCUGUCCUUUGUACCUCCAUCUCCCCUUCCCUGUUGGUCACCUGUUUCUGUACAGAGGCUGUUCACAGCCUUCCAUCCCAGGUUUUCUUUGAGUUUUGUGCUGCUCUUUGACAUGAUGCAGGCGUUACGUGGGAAGGGGGCAAAGAAAGCCGUCAGUCCGUAGGAAACGGCCACACAGCGAAGGGGGAUCUCCUGCCAGGGAAUCUUUCUGAACAUAUUUUCACUCCACCUUUUGCACGAGCUGCACGUGGCAGCGCACACAGGUCUGAUGGGAAGCUGCAGACAGGGUGGAGGAGAUGUGGAUGCUGAGCGAGGGACGCGUGCAGCGUGAGCUGUGUGCUGUCACUGUGGGUGCCGACACGUUUAGUGCCUGCGUGUGAGCUUGUUGCAGAUAGGCAUGCUUGUGGUGCCACAUCAGGCUCCAAAGAGUCAAAACGCUCCUGAUGAACUGACUAGGUUGAAGUAGCACACUUGUUAAGUAAUUCCUUCCUUGUUGGUAGUCCUUCCGUCCCGAAAUGCUGUGGAUUACUGGAAGAUGCUUCUAACUCAGAAUCUCUCUCUUGGGCGGCUUUGAGGACGGCCACGUAUUAUUUGGCUCAAGGUCCUUAUUUAAUUAAAGCUUCUGUUUGACCCCCUUAGGAAGAAAAGCACUUUCAAAGCUUAAAUAACAUCAUGUUGACUGUCCUUGUAGGUUUUACCUGGUGCCACUUCUCGCUGUUGAGUUGCAGGGCGAUCUGCAGGCUUCCUCCCUCAGAGCUGGCUGGCUAAAAUCACCCUUACAGGUUGCGCAGGUCACUUUGUGUUGUCAGUAACAAACAGCAGUGCUUUGUGGCUGCGUAAAUGAGCGUGUUGGUAAGGUUGAGUCUGCAGAACGAGCAGCAGGCUGUUUCCCUGCGUGCUGUGUGUAAUGCUCCCGUGUCCAUCCAGGUGUGCAGCACAAGGGCCAGCUGUGUGGGGCUGCUGACAGCAGAGCCAGCGUGCGGAGGCUGAGGUGAGACCUUUCUCUGUGUUUUGCACCGCUUGAAAAAGGUGACUUCCAGGAUAAGGGUGCUGUUUUAGUUCUUCAUUUAGCAAAGAAUGAGCUGAGGAGCUGCUGCGUUCCUUUCGGCUGUUGCUGUGGGUGGUGUGUGGAUGGCAGUUAGCGCGUGUCCUGCUGGUGCCGGCAUGUGCAGAGUGCUCCAAGGGGAGCUGCGCAGGUCCCCGUUCCAGGGAAUGAGGAGAAAACACAUUUUUUAGAUGAAUAUUCAGAUUUUUUGAGAUGGUUGGUUUGCCCGCGUUACUCUGUCACCUCUGAAUUUAAGAUUAUUAACGUACUUCUUCCUGAAUUGUGUAAGAAAGCGAUGUAAGCGUUGCUGCUUGAAGAACUGAAGCAGCGUCAUCAGAAGCUGUGUAGGUGAGUGCCCACUUGGUUGUGUUGCUGCAGAUCAAGUACAAGAGCAUCCUGGGCUCUAACACUGGUUGCACUUCAAAAUGGCCAAACCUACUCCUAGUAAAGACCAAGUUGAGUUGGAAAUAAUGUUAACAGACAGGGUGCACUUGGGAGUGUGAGCUGGUGGAGCUGCCGGGUGUGGAGCAGCAGAGCUUGGCGGGCACCGGGCCCUGCUCGUACGGGGGACGGUUCCUUCCAGAGCUGCACCCGAGCGCUGUCGCUCCCCGUUCAACCCGUUGCCAGAAUUAAAACUUGAGCUUUCAUUUCUGUUGUCGCUGUGGGUUGUAAAAAGUCGCAUCGCCGUCGGUUUCGUUUUAUGAGUUGCCUGAGACCUCCGUGUCAGCAGCCCGACCUCCUCCCAGCGCUCGGAACCGCUGGGCAGCGCUUUUCCUGCCGCUGCGGCUCCUCCUCGUGUGGGGCAGCCUCCGGGAGCCCCCCCCCAAGGGGCUGGCAGGGCCUGGGAGGAGAGAGAGCUGCUGCCCCGCGCUGCCCGCGCUGCCCUGGCUGGGGCCGCCCGGCUGCGCCCUCACUUGAAGCAAACGAAGGGCAUUGCACCUGUUGAAUGCCAGUGUCAUGUAGUUAGUGACGUAUGUAGGAUAUUCUGAAAUAUUUAUCUGUAUAUAAACUGAUGUAAACCUCAGUGGCGUCCGAUCCGGUGUAGAUUUCUGCCGAUUCCACGCAGUGAUGUUUUCUAGCCACCCUUCCCUUUUUUAGUCUUCUUAUUUUUUUUUUUUUUAAUAUGUAAUAUUUUUUUAAACUGCUUUAGAUAUUAGCGCUCAUCGUGUUAUUAACGUGUGAUGCUCGUCAGGGCUGGGCUGCACGCAGCCUGCACCCACCUGCCUAGGAAGAAGGUGAGAGCAGCGGGUCCUGCAGCAGCGCUGUGCAAGGCGGGUGCUUCUCCAGCCCCUCUGUAUCGGAUCCUGUAAACACUGCAGAGGCGCUCACAGGGCAGGUGCCUGGCAGAAAACACAUUCCUGUCCCAUUCCUCAUGCGGUUUUGCUGCGCGGUGUGGAGGGACCCCCGUGUGCUUUUUCAGGCUGUGUCUUGGAGCACUGCGCCCCGUGGGAGGUGCCCUGCUCUGGUGCAGUUCGUGCCCUCGGUCUCUCUGGUGCCCUGCAGUGUUCCUGACGUUUCUGGGUCGUUUAGGAAAUGCGUCGGUGCUGCGCUUUUCCCCACUCAGUGCAACUGGACGUCAUGUUGGACGGGAGAUUCCUGCAGGGCAGUCGGGGGCUGGUGGCUCUCAGCAGCCCCUGCCUCGCGUUUGUAAUUCUGGAUGCUGCCUCAGUGUGCGCUGAUCCUGGAAUCAGGGCACUGGAACGUAACCCCCAGUACCAGUGUGCAGUGUGAGGUUGGUGUAAGCUUGACUUGCUUCCUCGUUUGGUGCCACUUCUCUGUAUUAUAGUGGGAACCAUCUAGUAGCAUGCUGUGACACCAACAACUGCUUAACGUACCCUGAAAGAAGCAUAACUGACAGCUAACACGGUGGCAGAAGUUUGUCAGUGCCCAAGUCCUGCAGGAUCUGUGUUCUGCUGCGCUCAGAGCUUCAGAGCUGGGACCGAGAUGCUCGUUUCAUUCCAGGAGGACGCGUUCUGUGCCAGAGGGAGCUGCAUGGGGGGAGCUGUCUGUCUUUUAUGUUUGCACAAGCCAAAUGCCAUACAUCUGGAAGACAAACUUCUGUUUGAAAACAAAAUGCCAAUGUUAACGUGCACAACGGAUUUUCUUGUUUAAAGGAUAGAUGCUGGGAAUUUCUGGUGGUUCUAUAUAUAUAUAUAUGUAUAUGUGUAGAGGAAGCUCUUAUAUAAAAUGGCCAUUCUUCUUUGAGUGCUGUUGUCUUCUCUGCUCUCUUUCCCCCACCGCCAGCAACGUGGGUGUGUUCUUGUGGUCUGUAGCAGUUGCUUACCGUGCUGUCUGUACAGUGAUAGCUUCCAAGCGGUGUGACAUCUGCCUGAGCUCUGCCAACGUCCCUUGGCCCCAGCCUGCUUGGCAGGAGCUGGGCUUCACCGUUCUGGCUUUGCUGUAGGGAAGGAGAUGAAACCCAAGGGCGAUACUGGAAGAACUUUGGCUCGCGCCGCUGGUGUGGGGGAUGUUCUAGAAGUGGUUGGUAGACUCAUCUCUGGGGGUAACUGCGUUGGGUUUUUUACCUGUGCCAGUUCUCAGCACGUUGCACUCUACAAAGUGGGACUCAGCUGGCAAACAAGUGCUGUAGGUUUUGGAUUGCAACGUUGUGUGUGUAUGUAUGUAUAUAUGCACAUAUGUACAUAUUUAUACAACAGGUGUGCGCCCGGUCCUUGCUGCUGUUUUUCUGUGAUGGUAAAACAUGAAAUUUGGCUCGGAGUCCUUCUCACAGACAGACAGGUUUUGUGUGUCCGGAGCUGUGCUUUCUCCUUUCAGCUGCAGGGAACGCCAAAUGAGAUCUGUCGGCUGGAACGGCUGAUGGAGGAAACGCUGGAAGGCUCCUGUUGUAUAAAUAACUAGCCGGUACAAAUCGGAGAGCUGUCUGCUUGGGGAGGGAAAAGCAGUCUUCUACCCUGGAAGCCUUCCCUCCUUGCUGGGGUGAAUUGAGACUUAAAGGAUGAGUUGGCACAGCCCGGUCCGUGGCUCAGCCCGUAGUGCUCGCAGGUUGGAUUUGUAAGACGUGGAGCUGUUGCACGUCAUGAAACUGAAGUUAGACAGCGAUGUGUGCAGGGGCACAGGGCACGGCUGGGCUGUGUGGGGGGGACGGACACGCGGGGAUUGCUCUGGUUGCUUCCACGUUACAGUUGUGUCCCAGCGCUGAGGUUUGCCACGUUCCGUGCUGUGUCCUGCUUUUGCUGUGCUCCACGUAAGCCAGCUGCUGUCAUUCCUUCCUCCCGCUGCUUGGGGCUGGGCGUGGAGGGUUUGCUCUGUGUUACCGCUGGCAUCCGAGGCGGUUUCUGUCCGUGCUGCGUGUGAGCGAGGCCCUGAUCCAUCGCAGGGUUCCGUGGCCUCGGUCUCUUUGUGGAGCCUGGGGGAGCUGAGGGUGUUGGAAGAGAACGUUCUUCAUCUCGGGUGGGGAGGGGUGGGGGGGAGCUCGUGGCCGAAUGCAAAAGAAAAAAAAAACUGUAGAAAAAAAAAAAAAAACCACCCACAAUCGAAGUAUAAAUGCAUCCGAGAAACAAUUAUAAUAUAGACAUAUAUAUAUUUUGUUAUGUUACUGAAGGACCAUACUUUGAAUUGUAUGUAAGUAGAUGUGGCUGUCAGAACUUCGUGGAUUGUACCACUCGAUACUACUGAGCUCCUGUACAUACCCGCAGUUACAGCAGAAGGAAUUAUUUUAUGUUUUAGCAUGGUAAUUUGUGUAUCGUAUGUCCGGAUAUAAACUAAAAUAAAGAUUGCUAAGUUAUCUGAAACCACUGUUGUAAAAUAAAUGUUUUCAAUGCAGAAAUA